GCCAGCGUCUUCUGAUAACCCUGAAACUGUACCUGCAGCAAGCUGUGGCCUGGAAGGGGACUUUAAGUCCCCCACAAUUGCCAGCAAUCCUUCCACCAGGCAAAACACAUCACCUAAGGGAAAGAAGUCAGGUUUGCUCAGGGCGUGGCAGCUUCGGAUAAAGGCAGGACUCCACCUCGCAGCCCUGAUUUCUCCCGGAACCUCUGCUCAGCCUGGUGAACCACACAGGCCAGUGCUCUGACAUGCAGAAGGUGACCCUGGGCCUGCUUGUGUUCCUGGCAGGCUUGCCUGUCCUGGACGCCAACGACCCAGAAGAUAAAAACAGUCCUUUCUACUAUGACUGGCACAGCCUCCAGGUUGGCGGGCUCAUCUGCGCUGGGGUUCUGUGCGCCAUGGGCAUCAUCAUUGCCAUGAGUGGAAAAUGCAAAUGUAAGUUCGGCCAGAAGCCCAGUCACCAUCCAGGGGAGACUCCACCUCUCAUCACCCCAGGCUCAGCCCAUAACUGAUGAAGACGAACCAGCUGAAAUUGGGUGGAGGACCGUUCUCUGUCCCCAGGUCCUGUCUCUGCACAGAAACUUGAACUCCAGGAUGGACUUCUCCCACAUCUGCUGGGACUCCCUUGCACUGCAGGGCCUCAUCUCACCUCCCGCAGGAGGGUCUCUUUGUUCAAUUUUUUUUUUUUAAUCUAAAAUGAUUGUGCCUCUGCCCAAGCAGCCUGGACUUCCUAUAUGUACACUGGGGUGGGGCUUGGGGCACCAUGAGAAGGUCGGCAUGCCCUGGAGGCUGACACAGAGGCUGGCGCUGAGCCUGCUUGUUGGGAAAAGCCCACAGGCCUGUUCCCUUGUGGUUUGGGGCAUGGCACAGGCCCGCCCUCUGCCUCCUCAGCCAUGGGAACCUUAUAUGCAAUUUGGGAUUUACUAGUAGCCAAAGGAAUGAGAGAGCUCUAACCAGAUGGAACACUGGAACAUUCCAGUGGACCCUGGACCAUUCCAGGAAAACUGGAAUAUAGGAUCGUCCUACCAUGAUGGAAAGGUUCAGACAGUUUAUAACAGUGAGACUCCUGUGACCCUUUCAUUCACCCCCAGACCUCAGUUUAUUCCAAGAUCUUUCCAAAUACCUAAAUGUCCCUGCAAGCCCGUUAAAUAAUUCCCUAUGCUACCCUUAAUGACAUACAGUGACCACAUAGUGUGAGAAUUUCCAACAAGCCUCAAACUCCCUUGAGCCUCCCCAAUACUUAAUAAGGCAUCCAAAAUGUUCCCGUGAACUACCCCACAAAAUGCCUAAAACUCAAAACACCCAAAAAUAUCUCCUUCAAUGUCCUGAAACAUGAACCCAAAUAGAGACCCACAAUAAACUCGUGACUUGUCCCCUCA